UCUGGCACGGGGAGCCCUUGGGGCCGCUGUGUGCGGCCGGAAAAACCUGCCAUUGCUCCACCUGUCUUUGUAUUUCAGAAGGAUAAAGCACAGAAGUUGCUGUCUCCAGGAGGAGCAGGAAUGGCUCUGCGCAGUGACUCUGGAUGCUCUGAGGAGUUGGUGCAAGCAGCAGACCAGAGAUCAGCAGAUGGGUCGAGUCCAGAAGAUGGAGAUGAAUCUGAUCGAGAGGAUGGGAACUACUGUCCGCCUGUGAAGCGUGAGAGAACUUCAUCCUUAACACAGUUCCCUCCUUCUCAGUCAGUAACAAAGAACAAUGUCUUUAUGCCAUCAAGCUUCUGUGAACCUUCUGCAGGCAAUUCUGACUCAGAGCCGGAGGAGAAGAGCAGUGGAUUCCGGCUAAAACCACCAAUCCUUAUUCAUGGUCAAGCUCCUAGUGCAGGUCUCCCAAGCCAGAAACCGAAGGAACAGCAGCGAAGUGUGCUCCGUCCUGCAGUCCUACAGGCACCACAGCCAAAAGCUUUCUCACAGAUGGUUCUGAGCAGUGGGACCAAUGGUGUAAAUAUCCCACCAGAUUCUGCAGCAACAUCAGAAUCACUAAGUAAUGCAACACUGAAAAGCUCUGACACAGAAGACAAGGCUGGAGAAUGUCAGAAGAAAGAGUCCAACAGUACUUCAGAUGAUGACAGCGGUGACAAGGCAGAACUAAAUGCACAGCAAGCCUUUGUCUUUGGACAAAACUUAAGAGAUAGAGUUAAGCUGGGAGAUGACAGCGAUGAAACUGCUGAUGUGCAGAAUGCUGGCCUUCCAACAUCAGACACCCCUUCUGCAACAAACUAUUUCCUACAGUACAUCAGUUCCAGUAUAGAGAAUUCUACAAACAGUGCAGAUGCAUCAAGCAACAAGUUUGUUUUUGGACAGAACAUGAGUGAGCGAGUCCUAAGUCCACCAAAAUCAAAUGAAGGCAGCACAGAGAGUAAUAAGGAGAAUGCUGCUACGGAGUCUGGGUCUGAAUCAUCUUCUCAGGAAGCCACACCAGAGAAAGCUAAUAAUAUUUCAGAAUCCCUGGCCGAGUCUGCUGCAGCCUAUACAAAAGCAACAGCAAGGAAGUGUUUGUUAGCAAAGGUGGAAGUGAUUACUGGGGAGGAAGCAGAAAGUAAUGUUUUACAGAUUCAGUGCAAGCUGUUUGUAUUUGAUAAAAACUCUCAGUCUUGGGUGGAAAGAGGUCGAGGGCUUCUGAGACUCAAUGACAUGGCUUCAACAGAUGAUGGGACGUUACAGUCUCGACUGGUGAUGAGGACUCAGGGGAGCCUCAGGUUAAUCCUAAACACCAAGCUCUGGGCUCAGAUGCAGAUUGACAAAGCCAGUGAGAAGAGCAUCCGGAUCACCGCCAUGGAUACAGAGGACCAGGGGGUUAAAGUCUUUCUUAUAUCAGCGAGCUCUAAGGACACAGGGCAGCUGUAUGCUGCACUGCACCACCGGAUCUUGGCGUUACGGAGCAGAGUGGAACAAGAGCAAGAGGUCAAGAAUGUGGCACCAGAGCCAGAAGUAACGCAAUCAAAUGAGGAGGACAGCGAUGAUGAUGUCCUUGCACCUUCAGGAUCAGUGGGAAGUGGUCCCAGCGAUGAGCGUGACGGGCAGAACGCCAGCAGCACAUAGCAGACGUGAGCCCCCUGCUUGCAAGGCUGCUACGAACACCAUCUUGCAGGCAUCUCUCUGGACCCCCCCAGGCCAGCUCUUGUUUCAGGCAGUGUUGAAGGCUCCAGGACUUAAGAACUGUGCAUCCCCGUUCUGUUGGUUUGGUUUCUUGGUCUGGAUCAGUAGAUUCCACACUCACACAAAACAGACUUGGAAACUACCUGAAUGUGGUUUGGGAUGUGAGAAAGCUCAUCAUAUUGAUGAGCCAAAAAAAAACAAACACAAACAAAACCAAACACUUCCCCUCUUCCUUGUAAUUGAGAUGGCACAUUACAGCUUGUCACGGCUUUUCAUUGGGACCUUGUGACUGUUUCUUCAGUAGUUCAUGUUUUGCAGGCCUCCGAGAUGGAACUUUCUGACGUGGUUCCAACAGGAAUUUGGCUUUUUUAACCCCAGUUUCUUCCAUCAGAGUCUCUGCCACACACAGGGAGACCACAUCCCUGCACCCACGAACUGCCCUCCUGGUUUCGUGCUCCUUUAGGACAGCAGAUGGGGCAGCUGAUGUUAUGCUGAAUCCUGAGGUAGGUGGUGGGCAGCACCGUUCCCUGCCCUGUAAACAGAGACAUCGCAUUGGGAUUCACCAGAGAAGCUUUUCUUUUUUCGUUUAACGUUGUUAAUAAGAGACUCUGAAGUUCACAGGACAUUUUGCUAACUCUUCUUUCUUCCCAUUUCAUCAUUAUUUGGGGGGUUUAUAUUGUGGUGAUAACGUUUAUAUUUUAUUUUAGUUUUUUCAAUAAGAUGCUCUUGUGUGUUGAGAACGUGAAACCAUUGUUUUGUACUGUUCUUUUCUGUUACUAUUUAAGGGAGAGCUAAGCCACUCUAUAUCAUAGAUGUUGCAUACAGGUUUUUCUUAGCAAAUUCUGUUUCUUUGGCUGCAACAAAGUGUAGGGAGGCAUCCAGGUGGCACCUGCAGAAAGGUGGAUGAGCAAACAGCUGUUAGCCCUCUGGAGAACCAGCAAGGCUCAUGUGAUGAGCUUGCUCAGCCAUUAAAAUGAACCCAUUGCAAAGCAGCUCUCAUUGAAUGGCUUGAUUCAACAAGCCAUGUAAGCACUUGCCUGACUGAACUACAUGUGAACCAUCUGACUGAGGUCAACGCAACUAUUCCUGCUUUGAGCCGAGUACAUUUUUAAUGAUCUUGCUGAAUUAACAGCCUUAAUAGAAAAUUAACUUUUAACCCUUCCUGCCCCUAUCCUGUUUCCUGAAGUCUUGCAGCAUGAAGAAUAAGGUGACAUUGCUGGCUUUGAGCAGUUUGGGCUGAAGGAUGUUGUGUUCUGUUCCACCCCAAUAAAAGCCAGAACGUGUCUCCCUGUGUGUAAUUACAAGGUGCUCCUGCUGUAGGUGGAACUCACAUGUGGUCACAGUGCUUCUUCACACAGCCGAGUUGGGUGGCCGUUCUUCUCCCUGGAGUGUAGGAAAUGGUUGCUUUCCUUUCUCCAAACACAUUACAGGUUUGAGGAUGGGUCUUAUGUCUCUGCAGUCCCUGUCUCAGCAAUGCUUAUUACCUUCACCUGUGUUGGUCAUGCAAGAUGUCAUUAAACUGACUUCUCACUGUG